GUUUCAGAAAUAUUUUCAGCUAUUAGAUAAAAGCCGUCAACAUAGACAAACGUUCACGAAAAUUGUACCCUCUACAUUCCCUUUGUUGUCUUCAUUUAAGUCAGUUUAUGAUCAAACGUAUCAUUCUUGCUGAUGAUAUUCACCUCGUUUAUUGUUUGAAGUAUUCAACAAAUCGAGCGAUUGUUUAUUGUGUAUGCUGAAUUUUUGACGCAAAUUGAAAUUAUUGGUGAUCGCGAUAACUGCGUUUAUGAUUCUCUGUACGUACUGGUGACAAUAAAUAGCAAGACAAAUAAGUGUUGAAUUGAAAUUAGAUUGUGGUAGCAUAAGAAUGUGUCGUUCUCGUGACCGUAUUUAACGAUGACUCAUAUUUUGUUUUGCUGCAUCGUAGUUAUGACAACCUAGAGUGACUAAAUUACUAAUGAUGUUAGAGUACAAGGGCAACGAACAAUUUAUUAUAUAUUCUGGAGAGGCUGAGAUUUUUAUACGGUCCAUGGAACUUGUAAAAUAUGGAGAUUUCGGUUUAGAAAGGUGGUUUAAUUAUCAUGGGUAUUUAAACAAGCUAAAUAUGCAGGUUAGUGAUACCAGUAAUUUGAAGGAUUUAGAUCGUCAGUAUAAGGUUAUAGAAUAUGAAAAGGGUAUUAAAGCUAUCACUAUUGUUAGACACUUGUUUGAAAACUGUUUAAAUUCAGACAGUGGAUUACCUCCUAGUAUUGGACGUCGUUUACUUUACACACAUGAUAUCCCAAUUAUACUUUGUCAAUUACUUGAACAGAAACCAUGGAUAAUAAUUGGUUAUGACAAAUCUAAUACACAACGUCGUCAACAUAUUUGGCAUGAGAACGGGUCAUGGAUACCAUAUGAAAAAACAUCCUGUGUUAUUCACAAGCCAGAAGCGCAGGUAAAUAUUAAUAUAAUGUUUAUCUGGAUUUGGUUAGAUAAGAAACCAAUGAUUUAAGUCUUUAACCAAUGUGAAACUAGGGCUUGGAUUAUUUUAUCUCAUGAGUAGAACGAAAAACAUAUCUUUAAAUCAGGUCUGGUAUAUUUUAGGAACAGAUUCAAAAAUGAAAUAUCCAGAACACUGUUGUGCUUCCAAAAAAGUAGUAAAGAAAAUAUUUAUUAGUAUCAGAUGGGUUUUGUGGAUAUUAUAAUAAUUUCAAUGGUUAAGAUCAUGAGUCAAUUGAAGCCGGACCACCAUUGAAAACCUGGAAGCACUGGACGGUCGUUUCGCUCCAAUAUAGGACUUCUCGGCAGUGCACAUCUGCGACCUUGCAGGCGAGAAUAGAGUCCAGGACCUUCGGCCUCUUGCUCGAACCCCCGACCUCCAGAUCGCUAAGUCGGUAUUCAAAGUUGUUAUUAUCUAACUUCAACUAACCCACGAAAUUGAGUGACCAUCUUUCAUUGUCGUCGGUGGAUAACUGCAUCAGACCCGACACGUUAAUUUCCAUUACUUCAUACCGUUAAUUCAUUGUCUUUACAGAGACAGGUUACAUCGAAUGCGUUUCUCCAUUGCGAUCUAAAAAGGUUUUGUAGAUCUGGUUUGCUUAUAUAUUAUCUACUUUGUGAUGCAGGAGUGAAGUCAUUAACAGUGCUAGCUAAUCCACUUGCUUAGGAAGUUGCAUAAAAAUGAUGAAAUGAGCAAAGAAAUACUAGCAGGAGUAAAAUAGGUUGUUUAUCGUUUGAUAAGCUAUGGAACCAGCUUUGAAAGUGUUUGAUAGAAAGUUAUAAUAACGAGUACAUAGUUAUACACUGCAAAGCAGGUAAGACCAGCACGAGUCAAACAUAAAAAAGCUAGACACUGAAUGAGAAAAAUGUGAUAACUCUGGUACUAAGAUAAAAGGUAUGCGUUCUAGAUUGCGAUUAAAAAUAUAACACCAUUUUGAUGUAUAUAGAAGGAACACAUUACAAUUCUUUUCGGAAAUGUUAGUGUUUUUGAAUUUCAGGUAAGGCUGUCGACUAGUAUGCAGUUAUCGAAAAAUAUAUUAAUAUUCUUACUCCAAUGUUUAUCUUUGUAUUUUAUAGAUAUGGUUAUGUCUAUUUCAAAUUCUAUUAGCCAAUAGUUCUUCUCUAAAAUAUGAUUGUUCAGUUAGCCACAGAAGGACUGCUUUAUUGAAACUACGUCCACUACUUACCGAAUUAAAACUAGAUGUUCUACCUGUUUUAAUUGACCUAAGACGCUUUUUGGAGGACUUAAGUCUUAAUGAAUCGUAUGGAGGCACAAGUGAUAAAAUUAAUAUGUGCCUUAUAGAAGUAGUACCAGAAAUUCGUGAAUCAUUGUUUAGCAAGUAAGUCUUAUAUGAUGGGUGUAGUAGUCUUGUUACACUAGUUUAUGUUCAAUUUAUACACUCAUGAAGCUUCUACAGCUUAUUGUACAGUCAGUAAAGUAUUUUAAGGGCUAUUUUUGAAAAUAAUAAUUAAAUUUGUAUGUGCUAAUAUUUCCAAAGUGUAGAGGAGUUUCCAUAAAUAAUCAGGACGAUAACAGAAAACUUUUAAAUUCAAAGCACACAAUACCCUUCAAUGUAGCUAACAAUUUAAGAAUUCAAGGCCUAAUUAAAUAGUUGUUGUUGCGUUAUUUGAAGUUAUGAUGCUGAAUGGUUCUGUUUAUCGAACUCUUCUUUAUUUAGAAAAAAAUGGGACGUAGUUUAGAGAAACUAUUUCGUGAGACGUUACCACGUUGUUACACUUGAAAUCACUAAAUAGUCGUUCUAAUCAAAUUCAGAUGAUGUAUGGUACGGACCUCAUUUACUUUUUUUGCUUCUAACUGUGUUUAGUAAACUAAACAAGCUGAUGUCCUGAACUUCUUACUAGAAUAUAAUUAAUUACAGUUAUGGUUAUUUUUCUAUUCACAAGACUCGAUUUCAGACCUCUAUUUACAUUGAUGAAGCCUGUUUCAAUCCAAUCUGUGACGACAAAAGUUCUUCGAUGCAACUAAGAUGGAUAAUUAAUAGUCAUCAAAAUAAAUCAUCUUUGAAUGUCUGUUAAAUAAUGCUAUAUUCUUAUCUUAUAAUACAGUGUUUAUGCUUUUAUUGUCGUAUGCAGUAGUCGAAGAAGUAGUACACAAAAAGUUUAUGUAUCAACUUCUAUUUCUCAGGAGUAUAAAUGAUCAUUUCUAUGUGUAGAUGUGGCAGUACUACUAGAUUAUUUAUUUAUUUGAACACAUUAAAACAAUAAACAGCAAUGAACCGCAUUAAAACAAGCUGCAGUCUAAUAGUGACGAUCCAACAGUCAACAGGAUUUAAAUUAAUGUGUAAUUUACUAUUAUAACAAAGUAGUCAUUAAAUGAUGAUAUGCAAAAUUUGUAGCUUCAACGUAAGUACUGGUAGAGGUGUCCGAAACGACAAUGAAAGCUUCACAAUAAAGUCAUAUAGCUUGGAUAAGGUAAUUUUAUCAAAAGUUAUCUGGUAAAUUUACGUUUUAAAUAAAAUCUAAAACAUUUAUGAACCAAUUCGGAUCUGACAUUAAAAGAAGCAUUUUGGCAAUUAUAAUAUUUUAUCGAAAAUCUUAUUACUUAGAAGAUUCAUUAUCCUCACCAGGAAAUAAAAUAAACAUUGAAGGGAAUAAAGCUUCUUUUCGGUGAUUUCAUUUUCAAAAGCUGUUGAAUCUUAUUUAUGCGAGAUAACAAAAGUAAUAAACAAGCUUUUUUUAUAUGUAACAUAUAGAUAUUCAUAAUUCCAGUAUAUAUACACAAGGAACUACUUAAAUCACAUAAUCCUAAAACAUUAUUUAGAGAAUUCUGUAAACUUAUGUCCAAAGACAUAAAUUAUGUAGAGAGUUAACUGAUCAAACAAAUGAAAGGCAUCCAGAAUAGGCUUGACUGAUUCUACGAAUAACAGAUACUCUAGGAGGUUUAAAUACCGAACAAUCAGUUGCUCUGUACGUCUUAUUUCAGGAUAUUUGGAAUAGAGGAAGCCUGAUAAACCUCUUUAUGAAAUACAAUGAAAACGGAUGGACAUCCCUUAGUAUCAGAGUCCAGAAAACGAACCGGAAUGGAAACGUUCUUAGUAGUUGGAUAGUAUCUGACUUACACAGAGGUAUAUUUUGCAAAGGCUUUAACAACUACCGGUAUGCAAAGUUCAGUAAAUAUUAUAUACGAUACUGUAAGACAUAUUUACUACUAGUUAAUUAAAUUAUGUGGUAUUGUCUUACCAAAUGUUUGAUUAUUAAUAAGAUAAUGAAUUUAUGACUUAGUGGUUAACGGAAUUGUAGAUGGUAUUUGACACUAAAUGUUCCUGUUAUCCUAAUACACCUAUUACUUUUUAAGCCAUAUAUAUUUAUAACCUGGAUAUUUUCCGUUGUUUUAAAAUCUAAAUCGUACUUAUCAAUAAUAUAGAACAAUUACUGAAAUUUUGAAACACAAUUUACUCCGAUAGCAACUAAAUACAAAAAUAGUUUUAUUGCAUUAUCUUUUCAGAUAUAAGAAUAAAUGGAGGAAACUUGCCACACUAUUCAAAGAACAAACUGAAUCUAAUCGUGGGAAAGAGGCGGCGAAAAAGGCAGCAUUGCAGUGGACUGAGACAUUUUCUGAAGAACAUCUCAGUCAAUUGUUCUCCUACUCCUUGGGGAAUUCAGGUGAUGAAAAUCCUCUAUAUCCAACACCAAGAUGUCCAACAUGUGGAGAAAUUGCCUCCAAACGAUGUUCAAGAUGUCGUCAGGAAUGGUACUGUGGUCGAGAAUGUCAAGUAAAGCACUGGUUAAAGCACAAGGGCGCUUGUGACUUGUUAGCAGAAGCAAUAACUUCUGAUAAAAACUCGAAUUAACUUUCUUCAUCAUAACCAUUUUUUUAAAAAUCUAAUGUAAAUAAUAUUAAAGUUAAAUCGAAACGUCUGAAUUCCGCUGUGUGAAUCAGAAAUUUAUUUAACUAUUUGUCAUGAACAACACCGGUCAUCUAGAUAUUGUUCAUUUUCACAUUACAAGAGAACUGCAUCUAAUUAAUUGAUUUGGGACAUCCUAUCCGACUAUGAACCCAUCUAUAUGUUGUUAGGAUCCCAGUGGAACCAAAAUACUGCUGGUACAUUUACAGAAAAGGUAAACGAAAGAUACUCCGUACAGAUCGUUUCUUUGACAUAUCUUGUAAGGGCAAAAUUCUAGUAGUUUUAUUGUUGUUACCUUGAUAGUUACAAACAAAAGUUACGUGUAUUAAAAGUUAGUCUAUAACCUGUGUGAUCAGGUGACAUUGAAAAAAGACUUCCUAGUUUUUGAUACAAACGAAUAAAUAAUAAUACCGUAUUUGUCUUCUCCACAGGUUUUGUAGUGAUUUCUGGAUAAUAAUAAUUUAGAUUCAACUAUAAUUCUAAAUAUAUCAGACUGCAAUUAGUCAUCUUGUUUAGAGUAUAGAGAUGUGCUAUGCAAAACAAGCGUAUCAAAGACAAUAUUUUAGUGCUCUCAGUAUGUAUCGAGAUGUCAGUUUCUAACUGAAAAGUAGUUCAGUAUUUGUUGUAUAUUUCGAGAUAAUAUAUGUUGUAAUUUUUGACUACAAUUACACGAAUUGAGUAUAUUCGUUUGUCAAGUACAGUUUCAAUAUUUUCAGAAAAAUGCUACCAAACAGCUAUCGAUAGUUCACACACCCGACCGUUGUUGCUACCUUGACGUGGUGGUCGGGCUUGCCUAUUGUGAUGAAGCAAACGAGCUAUACUGGCUGGAACAACUGUUCCUCAAGUCCUACCAUGUCAGACAGGUCAGCUGAAGAGCGGUAAAACUAAAAGCAACAAACCCAAGGUCCGAAGGCGAAGCCGUACUGCUGACUGUACAGAGAUGUGACGGCAGUAAGAUGUUUCCUUCAGACAACCAGCAUGACAGCGAUGCUGUCACUCCCCACAAGGAGGGGUGGGGUUAGAAAAGGUCGACCCUAAAAAUGCACACCUCGCCUUAUCCCACGGAUAUCCGUCUCCGGCGGUAAGGUCCCAAAAAGUACGGAGCUGACACAAAAAUUACCCAUAAAAAGGUCGUGUGUGACCGACCUCAAGUAGUUGUCCCUUGGGCACUGCGGUCACGCUCCCAGGUCACUAAGACCACCUCUAAUCCAAGUUCCUUUUCAGGUACCUCCAGAACAA